CGUGGGGGCGGGGGGCUGGAUGUAUAAAUGGGGGGCCAGGAAGCAGCAGAGGCACUGACCACUGGGGAACUGCCUCGCUGUGCUCACUCUCCCGUCCCAGGCCUCCCUGUCCAGCAUGGCCAAGCAUUCACUGCUGCUGCUGCUGGCCGUGUGGGUGCUGGCCGGGGGGCUGUGGCUGGAAGCCGAAGCCCGGGGAGCACCCUAUGGGGUGAAGCUUUGCGGCCGGGAAUUCAUCCGAGCAGUCAUCUUCACCUGCGGAGGCUCCCGAUGGAGGCGCUCGGACAACCUGGCCCAGGAAGCAAUGGGGGACGCCUUCCCAGACACUGACCCCUAUGCAGACAGCCAGCUGGAAGAGGCAGUAGGCUCCAGCGACUGGCUGGUCCUGACCAAGACCCCCCAGGCUCUCUAUGGCGGCCAGCCCAGCUGGCAGGGGACCCCCGGAUCUCUGCGUGGCAGCCGAGAUGUCCUGGCUGGUCUCUCCAGCAACUGCUGCAAGUGGGGUUGCAGCAAGAGUGAAAUCAGCAGACUCUGCUAGACCGGGGGACUGGGCAGCCGGGGGUACCAGGACAAAUGCUGAGUACCUGUGUCUGGCCCCUCAUACAUUCAUUCAUCAGCACGUCAUCGAGGUCAGGCACUAUGGACUCCCACACAAUUCCCUCAGAUAACUGACCUUCGACCAGCCUCUCCGAACCCCGAGCAAGCUGUCUCCCCACUUGGCCAAAUGGUUGCCCCUGACCCUGACUCCUGCCCUCUCCCCAGCCCAUAUCAUGCCUUUGUCUGGAUUGUACUGUCCCCUGGGCUGCCGAGCCCCAUCUACCCAAGCUGGCCACACUGAAGAAGCCUUUGCCCACACGGUGACUCUCCUGCCCCAACUGUGGCCCCUGUCCCCUAGCCAGCCCAGCCCAGCCCUGCCCACUCCCUUCCCCGGCUUUCCAGCCUCUCUCCCUCCUAUGCCACCUGCUGGGGUCCUAAGGCUGUGGGCCCCAGGGUUGGUGUUGAGACCCCUUGGUUCCCUUCAAAUUCUGGGGUGGGAGGCUAGUAAGGGGACGGAUCACAACC